AUGGCGGACAAGACAGCGAAAUACCGGACGGAGAUCCAGCAGAUGAUGUAUGUGUCUGGAGAGACAGCUGAAGCAUCUGCCGAGACUACAGGUAUCAUUGAGGAGAUUGUACGGCAACAGGUUAUUGAAAUGCUCAGACAAUGUACUGAGCAGGCUUCACGUCGAGGUAGCAGAUCGAUAUCGACCGACGACUUAAUCUUCCUGAUCCGGCACGACCAAGCCAAGGUAUCGCGACUCCGGACUUUCCUUUCCUGGAAGGAUGUCAGAAAGAACGUCAAAGAUUCUGAUGAUAAGGGUGGAGAUGCUGAUAUUGGAACGGGUGAUGAGCCGGUCGGAGCAGCAGCAGGUGGUCCUGUCGUCGAUACAGCAAAGAAGAAUAAGAAGGCCAAAGUCGGCUUACCUUGGGAAGUUCCAUCAUUCUACAACCAGGAAGUUCCGGAACGCGAAGAUGAGGAUGAUGAGGAUGAAGAGGAGAUGAACUAUGCGACUCUACAACGUCUCAAGAAAGCUGAUGAGCGUACAAAGGCUAUGACUAAGGAGGAGUAUGUCACUUGGUCCGAAUACCGUCAAGCAUCAUUUACCUUCCGUAAGGGCAAGAGAUUCAAAGAAUGGGCGGGCUUUAGCGUUGUCACAGACUCAAAACCAAACGAUGACAUCGUUGAUAUUUUGGGUUUCCUGACAUUUGAGAUUGUGCAGACAUUAACCGAGGAGGCUCUCAAGAUCAAGGAACAAGAGGACCUUGUGAAGGAUAAGACAGGUGGAGAGCAGAUAGGCAAGAAGCGCAAGAUUCAAGGAUUAUUUGACCCUCCAUCUGAAGGACGUACGCCUGUUGAAUCGAGACAUAUCCAGGAGGCUUUCAGGAGGCUGCAAAUCCGACCGACCAAACAGCGUGCAAUGUGUAAUUUCUCAAGGGGUCUUAAUCGCACACCACUAAAACUUUUUUGA